AUGACCGUCCCGGCCGCGACGGAGCUCUCCGAGUCCGCCAUUGGCGCGGCCUCGGUCGAGGCGCUCAAGAAGCUCUCGCUCGCUGACAAGCAGGCAAAGCGGGAGGCCAAGACAAGGCGGCAGCAGGAAAAGCACGUGGCAGAGAUGCUCGCCCCUCCGGGACCUCUCAUCACGCCCGCGGGCGACAUGUGGCCGCGACCAUAUUUUUUCGAGGACGGCCUGCGUCGCGUGAGGCCGUACCACUUCACAUACAAUACGUGGUGCAAGGAAAGAUGGCGCGGGCGCACCCUGAUUGACAUCUUUGCCUGCGAGUUUCGCGACCGGCCGCUGGAGUACUACCGGACCGCGAUGGAGCUAGGCGACAUCUUUGUCAACCAGCGCAAAGUCGGCCCAGAAUACAUUGUGCGCAAUGGGGACAAGAUCUCACACACGCUGCACCGCCACGAGCCGCCCGUCACGGCCGAGCCGAUCGGCAUCAUCCACGAGGACGAGGACAUGAUUGUCCUCAACAAGCCCGCUGGUGUACCUGUCCAUCCGGCGGGCCGCUACAACUUUAACUCUAUCAUUGAGAUUAUGAAGUCGGACCGCGGCAAAGACUUUAUGCCGUAUCCCUGCAACCGGCUGGACAGAUUGACGAGCGGCAUCAUGUUCAUCGGCAAGAGCCCCAAGGCUGCGGAGGACCUAGGCGUCAAGAUUAAGGAACGCUCAGUGCGCAAGGAGUACCUUGCACGAGUAUUGGGCGAGUUUCCUGACGGUGAAGUAGUCUGUGAUAUGCCUAUUUUGCAGAUUUCCCCCAAGCUGGGCUUGAAUCGCGUGAGAGCAAACGGCAAGUCGGCCAGGACCGUGUUUAAAAAGCUGGCAUACUAUCCUCCGCGCACACCAGUAAUGCAGUCCCCAGAUGGACCGAUUACGCGGAAAAACACAGGUUACUCCAUCGUGCGCUGCCUGCCGGUGACUGGCCGGACGCAUCAGAUCCGCGUGCACCUGCAGCAUCUGGGGUUCCCCAUCCAAAACGACCCCAUCUACGCGAACCAGCGGGUCUGGGGCAUGAAUCUCGGACACGACGACCCGGAGGCGACGCGUAACACGGACGAGGACAUCAUCAGCCGGCUGUCGCGGAUGGGCAAGGACGAGGUCGCGCAGGCAGUGGUGUACUACGACGAGAUGGUGGACGAGUACGAGAAGAAGCGGGCCGAGAAGAUGACGGGCGAGUUGUGCGAUGUGUGCGCGACGCCGCUGUACUCGGACCCGGGCAACCACGAGCUCUCGCUGUGGCUGCACAGCCUGCGGUAUGAGGACGCGCGCGGCGCCUGGUCGUACACGAGCCCGCUGCCGCGGUGGGCGCUGCCGCCGGCAGGCAUGCAAGGGCCGACGACGGUCGGCGGGCUGGAGGAGCUGCUGGAUGCGGUGCCCGAAACGGAGCCGCAGGACGGAGUUGCGACUCCCCAGGACAAGGAGGAAGCGCAAUGA